AUUUGAGCACCUUCUUGCAUGCAUCGAUGCAGGUAUAGUUUAAACAGUUAAUUUCCUAGGUUUUUUUCCCCCCACUCAAGAGCCCAAAUAUGGAGAUGAAAUCUGUGAAGAGAUAAACAAUUCUGGUUCACCGUGGCAGUGUUCCCGUUAAUUAAAGCGGACCCAGUUUACAUGUGUUGCUUGCUACCCGGGUUAUAUCAGCCCGCGACCUGCGGUACAUUCAUUGCUCAGUAAAUAGAAUUGUUCUUGCCUCUCGCCUCCAGCCCCUCACCUCCACAGCUCAGAAUGAACCCCUUCCCAUCCCUGCCAGCACACAUCCAGCCAUAUUGAACACUCGGGCAAAAGCAUCCUCUGCUGAAGAGCCCAACGCUCAGAGUUCCGUACCUCGCUUCACCACCGCUGCCUCCAUUUCCAGCGUCUCCAUCUUUGGGAAAUUCACAAUGAAAGUUAAAACCAGACCGGUUCUACCCCUCCUCCAUUUCGGCUUGGUCGGGCUGAUGUUGCUGUCUAACGACUGGGUCCGCCUUGGAUCUGGGAUGGAGGUCAUGGUUACACCCAAUGUUGUCAAGCUGAAUGGGACAUCAGCCAAAUUGACCUGCACCUUCAACUCUUGUUACGACGUCAAUGACAAGCACUUCACCUUAAACUGGACCUAUCAGGAAUGUGAAAACUGCACAGAAGAUCUAUUUGUCCAGUUCCGUCGGCGAGUCAUCAUCUCCAAGACAGACCGCUUCUGGGGUCGGGUGGAGUGGUCAGGGAACCUUGAAAAGAAUGACGUCUCUGUCACUAUUCAUGACAUCCAGACCAGUGACGAGGGCGUUUACAGGUGUUACGUCUUGAACCCUCCUGACCGGCACAAAGGAUUGGGAACCAUCCAUCUGAGUGUGGUCACGGAAGUGGCUCCUGAGCGCGACUCCACCGUCGCCGUAAUCAUCGGCGCCUCCGUGGGUGGAUUCCUCGCCGUCGUCAUUCUAAUUUUAGUUAUUGUGAAGUGCGUGAGAAGGAAAAAGAAACAGGAUAAUCAAUCGGAAGAUCAGAAAACAGAGGAGGAAGGAAAAACAGAUGGGGAAGGCAAUCAGGAAGAAGAGGAAAAGUAA